CUCGCAUCAACUCCUCAGCAUCAGCCAAUUGGCGGCACGACAGCAUGGUCGCCUCGACGUCAUCAGGUCGCGGCACCCCUUCGACACCGCGCAGUGCACGUAGCACCAGCACAAACGCCCGCCUCUCAACAGCAAGCGCCGCUUCCUCGUCCAUCGUCGCUCCUUCAACUCCAGGCACCGCUGCUUCCCGCCUCACCGCCCCUACGCGCGCAUCUGCUGCUCGAAUGGCAGCGACCCACCGCAAUGCUGCCCGCCCGCAGGCCACAAAGGCAAAGGCCAACGUGAAGGCGUCGAGCAGUCUCCUCUCAUCAGCAUCCGCGUCAGGCUCCACCCCACCCACGAGCGCCAUCCAAGCCUACCUGCGCAUCCGGCCCCGUCCCACCUCCAAUCCUAGUCUCACCUCCUCGGAGGACGCCCCCCUCCCCACUCCCUACAUCAGCGUAACAUCCCCCAACACAGUCCUCAUGACCCCGCCCGACAACCCAACAUCGCUCCGCUCACUGCGCCCUCCCUCGCCCGCGACGAGUUACACCUUCGCCCGCGUCUUCGGCCCACACGACGCUGCGUCCAACUCGCAGCGUGCCUUCUUCCGCGAGACCACGUUACCCAUGGUGACGGAAUUGCUGGGCGGGGAGAGUGGGCUAAUCUUCACGUACGGGGUCACGAAUAGCGGCAAGAGCUACACAGUUCAGGGAGGGGAAGGGGUAGGUGAAGCGGGUUUGUUGCCGAGAGCGCUCGAUGUUGUGUUCAAUAGUAUCGAGGGACUGGAGAGUCGCAGCAAUAUUGCGCCGCUGGGGCUUUAUGGGGUGGAGAGGGUGGAAAGCAACACCCCAACGACUGCCGCUGCUGCGGGAGGCUCGACGCCCCCACUGGACCCGUGGACGAUGCCUAGCUUGAAGGGGAAGCUGGCAGAGGCGAGCAGGAGACAUGUGACUCCGACGCACUAUCAGAGGGAAGAGGAGAAGGUGCGCGUGGAUCGCAAUUACAGGUAUAGUGUCUGGGCAAGCUACGUAGAAGUGUACAACGAAAAGCUCUACGACCUCCUCGACGUCAACUCCAGCUCCUCCUCCAGCGCAAGCGGGAUGACCCGCUCCGACUCCGUGCGCGGCUCAAACUGGAGCAUAGCCAACCUGGCCUCCAGCAACGACCUUGCAGGCACCGCCUCUCUCACGCUAAAUCGCCGCCCACUCCACCUCAAGACAGACCCGGAUGGCUGCGGAAAAUACGUCUCUGGUCUUCGCGAAAUCCGCCUCUCCACCCCAACCGAAGCGCGCGACCUCCUUCGUCGCGGUCAGGAAAAUCGAAUCGUCUUCAGCACCAUGGCGAAUCGCUCCUCCUCCCGCUCUCACGGCGUCUUUACAAUCAAGGUCGUGCGCGAACACGCGGGCGCGGGUGGUGGGCCGGACGAUUCGCUGGCGUGUACGGUCAGUAGGCUGAGUAUCGUGGAUUUGGCGGGGAGUGAGAGGAUCAGCGCUACCAUGGCGAGCGGGAUGAGGCAGAGGGAGGCGGGGAGUAUCAACAAGUCCCUCAUGUGCCUGGGCCAGUGCCUCGAAACCCUCCGCAAGAACCAAGCCCGCGCAGCAAGCAUGAUCCCCACUCUCAACCCGGUGUCCUCCCUCAACGGCAAUGGCGACUCGACCCCUCGCGCCCCUCCUUUGGGCAAACGUCGCCCCUCGGUAGUCCCCUUUCGUCACUCCAAGCUCACGGAACUCUUCCAGCCCUUCUUCACCGGCGAGGGAAGAACAGUCAUGAUCGUCAAUGCUAAUCCGUACGAUACGGGCUUUGAUGAGAAUUCGCACGUCAUGCGUUUCUCAGCCGUUGCGAGGGAGGUGCAGACUACGCGGGGAAGCAAUGAGGCGCGAGCUGUUCCGAGGGCAAUGAGACCUCAGAUGGUUGCCUGGCCUUGCGAGGAUUCUACGCGAGGAGCCGGAGGGGCGGAUGUGACUAUCAUCGAGGACUCUCCCUCGGACGAGGACGAAGACGACGACGACAACGGCAACGAGAGUGACUCCGACUCGGAGGACUCUGCCAGCACCGCCUUCGUGGAUGCGCUCCUCACGCGCCACGAGGAGCUCCGUCUUCGCCUCCACGCCGCGGAGGAGCGUGCAGCCACUCUGGAGCAGGAGGUGCGCGAGGAGAUGGCUGCCGAGUUUGCUCAAAGGCUGGCGGAGAUGGAGCAGAGGUAUACGGCUAGGAUGUUGAGUGAGGUGGAGACGGGGGAGGAGAUGCUGAAUAGGAAGAUCGAUUUGUUGGUUAAUGCUACGAGGGGAGGGAGGGCAGCUGCUACGCCUGUGAGGGAAGAGCAGGAGGAGUCAGUUGAUGAAGAGGGAGGAGAGGAGAGUCUGGUUACCGCAAACGAGAGCAACACGACCGACAAUAGCGUCGAGCUGCAGGCGAGGCCGUUCGAGGAGGUUGUGGGGCAGGGAAGCGGUGAUGACGAGGAGGAGGAGGGCAACAACGUCGACGAGGAGGAGGAGGAGGAAUCAGAAGAUGACUCCUCGGAAGAGGAAGCCUCAGCGUCCGACGCCGACUCCUCUUACCAAGUAGACUCAAGCAUGGACGCCUCGCCCCCUCCCCCUCCCCGAGCCAGGACGACACGUCGCUCCACCCUAACCUCAUCAGCAGCAGGUCGCAAGAGCCAACCCCUCGCCCCGCGAUCGAGCGCCAGCAUCAACGUCAGCCUCGCCACGCCCAAGCCCAAGCAGCGUGCCGCCUCCAACCUUCGUCCUAAAGCUACCGAGGAUGACGACGAUGGAUCGUCGGACGACGACGACGACGAUAUGCUCAUUCCCUCUCCCUCCAAACUCAACGCCACUGCUGCUGCUGCCGCUACCCCGCGAGCUUCCAACGCCAGCAGGACGUCGAGCACAUCGCCGCGCAAAAGGCGAACGCUGAGGAGUGCGAGGGCGGUGGAUGAGGAGGAGAUCGAGAAGAGGGUGGCGGGCAUCUAG